AUGUCUGCUGCCUUCACGCCAGAGCAGAUCCAGUACCUGCAGGAUCAUGCUGAUGAUACACUCGUUCCGUCGAUACACAUAGCAAACGGCACUUGUGUAGCCGCAGCCACCAUCUCGGUCAUCUUGAGGUACUUGGCUCGCCGCUCAGGCGGCGCCAGCUUGGGAAGAGAUGACUACUGUCUUUUUGUCGCCUAUGUAUUGUACGUGGCUUUUGCAGCUUCACUUGGAACGGCGACGCGCUAUGGGGAAGGACGGCAUGUCAACCUCGUGACCGACUUCAGAACCUACGCCAUAAUCAACCUACUCCAAGCGAGCUUUUAUGUCUUUGGGAUGGCCUUUGUCAAGUGCUCCAUCCUCUUUCUGUACCACCGAAUCUUUCCCGGAAAGCCUUUUCGAAACGUCCUCCUUGUCGCCGGUGCGAUAGUCUUUUCGUGGGCUAUGGCUGCAUUCUUCCCCAGUAUAAUGAGCUGCUAUCCUGUUGAGAAGGCCUGGGAUAGUUCUAUCCCUGGACGGUGCAUCGACUACGGGGUUGUGACUUUGGCGAUUGGCAUUUUGAAUGUGAUCAUCGAUUUCGCAAUGCUGAGUCUCCCAAUGCCUCUACUGUGGAAAUUACGCAUGUCUACUAGGCGCAAGGUAUAUCUGUCAGGCAUAUUCGCUGUGGGUUGCAUAGGCGUCGAUGAGCUCAUCGAGCGUGGUGACAUCCAGCGGCCAACAGACCUCGAUCUACGACCCAAGCUGUGA